AUGUGUAAAACGUUUGAGAAACAUGGAAGCGAGAGUGCAGGGCUAAUGAGUCCAUUUGCUGCAUAUCUAGAUAAGAAAGUACAUCUAACCAAGUUCAAGGGUAAUAGAUUUAAUGUAAUAUUUUACAACGCUGCAGCAGCGUAUUAUCACAUGGACUCUUUCCGGUCAUUUCUUGAGGUGUGGGGUAGUGGGAACCUGUUGCUAGAAGCAGUUAAAAAAGAUCUAGAGUCCCCUGUAUAUGUAGCUGGAAUAAGAGCACUUGGAAUCGUAGAUAAAACUAGAAAGGGCAGUUGCCCGAUUUGUACUUUUGAUGAAAUCAUGGCACUAUUCCCGUGUGCUUGGGCAACUGUUGGUUUACACCCGAAGUAUGCCAAUCAGUUUGGUCCAGAUUUUCAAUCAAGACUGGUUCGAAUGGCUCAGAAUGAUCGUGUCGUUGCCAUUGGUGAGACUGGCUUAGAUUACACAGGUGUUGCGAGAUCUUCUGGUACUGUGAAACAGAAGGCAGUAUUUGCAGCACAGUGUGAGAUAGCCAAACAGCUGGGGUUGCCUGUAGUUAUUCACUGCAGAAAUGCAGAGGCUGACUGUUUACAGGUAGCUAAACAGCAUUUACCGCUCGACCACCCUAUCCAUCUGCACUGUUUUACAGGCAGUUGGGUCCACGCACAGGGUUGGUUGCAGCAUUUCACCAACUUGUGUAUUGGCGUUACAGGGCUCGUUGGGAGAUCCAGCAGUGUCACCACACUGGCUCGAAAUCUGCCACUGAGCAGAAUGCUACUCGAGACGGAUGCUCCUUAUUUGCUACCUGUAGCUGCACCAGCAGGUUCGCAGUUUUCCCAUCCUGGCAUGGUGCUAGCCGUGGCUCAGGAAAUAUCCAACAUUCGUGGAACAUCUGUGACUGAAGUGUGUAGGCACACAACGAGCAAUGCAGUGCGAUUGUAUAAGCUUCCACUGUAUUAAGUGCUGCCAGUAUAUAAGUUGUAGAAUAAACAGAUGGUUGUCCUGCAAUUUUCACCUGGUAUUAUUGUUGCUAGGUUUGAAGUGGACCUGUCUCACACACAUUUUUUUA